GUGGGAGUUUCUUCCUUUUUUGUUGCCCGGCCAUCUUAGAGGCCGCGUCUCAGCUACCGCCGGACCCGACGCGAGGCAGCAACAUGGUGGCCGCGAAGAAAACGAAAAAGUCGCUAGAGUCCAUAAACUCAAGGCUUCAACUGGUUAUGAAAAGUGGUAAAUAUGUGCUAGGGUACAAACAGACUCUGAAAAUGAUUCGGCAGGGCAAAGCCAAGUUGGUCAUCCUAGCCAACAACUGUCCUGCUUUGAGAAAAUCAGAGAUUGAGUACUAUGCUAUGUUGGCAAAGACUGGUGUGCAUCACUACAGCGGCAACAAUAUUGAAUUGGGUACAGCAUGUGGAAAAUACUACAGAGUGUGCACACUGGCUAUCAUUGAUCCAGGUGAUUCUGACAUCAUUAGAAGCAUGCCAGAGCAGACCAGUGAGAAGUAAAAGCUGGAGAGCUGUGAUCCCCUCUAUAAUAAAAACUGGUUAUAGACUUAUUUUAAAAAACAAACAAACCCUGUAUUUUGUAUUAAUUAUACUGUUGCUAGUUCGGAGCGCUAGUUUGCAAAUAGAGACUGAUUACCAUG